GAGAGAGAGAGAGAGAGAGAGAGAGAGACUUGCACCCGGUCAGGCUGAGUGAACAGGGGAGUUGUCCCGGGUCUCCCGCGCGCAUGGAGGGAGACGUAAUGGACAAGCUGGAUAGCAUGUCUGRGGUGUGUGACUUCGAUCCCAUUGCGGGGAAAAUCCCGGCAACCAAAGUGGAGAUCACAGUGUCAUGCAGGGAUCUAUUAGACAGAGACACAUUCUCCAAAUCUGAUCCAUAGACCAAACAGUGGCGAGAGUUUGGGAGAACGGAGGUGAUUGACAACACUCUGGAUCCAGACUUUGUCAGGAAGUACAUCUUGGACUACUUCUUUGAAGAGAAGCAGAAUCUACGCUUUGACGUAUAUGACAUUGAUUCCAAGAGUCCAGAUCUGGCAAAGCAUCCCUCCGACAUUGACGACUUCUUGGGGCAGGUGUUCUGUACCUUGGGAGAGAUCGUAGGAUCACCUGCCAGUCGACUGGAGAAACCUCUGGGAAGUCACCCCCCCUUGCCGCCGAGCCAACCAACCCCAGACGACCGCUGGGACCUCUCCGCUCCUGACAUCUGUGCUCUGGCAGGUGGGGCAGGUGGGGGAGGGGAGAGGCAGGUGGGGGCAGGGGAAGGCAGUGGUGGGCAUGUGGAGGCAGGUGGGGGCAGGUGGAAGCGAGGGAAGGCAGGUGGAGGAGUUGGAGGCGUGGAGGAGGAGAAGCAGGUGGAGGCAUGUGGAGGCCAGGAAAGGCAGGUGGAAGGAGGGGAAGGAG